UACCUCAUGUGUAUUAAAGGCUGUUAGCGUUGCAAUUAUUUCCAGUAUCGUAGCAGUUUUCAUAUGCUAAUAAAUGAUAUGACAAGUUUCCACAUGAAAACAAUUGGGAUUUGUGUUCUGUUCUCUUUCACAAGCUUUACAACUGCAGUUGAGUGGCCAUUUGGAACAUACACAUUAGUGAAACCAAAAUCUGGCUGUCCUCGAGGUUGGCUGGAGGGUUGGCGCCAUCAGGACACUGAGGAUUCUAGGGCCGCCAAUAGUAUUACCCCGGGUCACCACUUCGCAGGAACUUUUGGGAGAAAUAUGAAGUUCUAUUAUUGUACGAAAGACCCAAACACUGGGAUGAACGGGGGCUUAUGGCCAGCAGGAAACUACUGCAUAUUACAACAUGGACUGUCCUGUCCCAUGGGAUUUCAACCUGGCACUGUACAUUGGGAUGACGAGGAUUCGCGCAACAAGAACUCCUAUGGUGGUGUAUUACCAUCGGGUUCCUAUGGAAGAAACACUGACAUAAAUUACUGCUGUCGAGGUGAUGGUUCAUACACCAAAAUGAUUCUGCUGCCAACUUCUCAGCCGUUUUAUCUGCUAAGAUUUUCUUCCCCUUGUCAAUUGGUAAAAGGGAUGUACGUGAGAGAAGAAAAUGUGCACUUUGAUGACGAAGACAGCAAUAACAAAAACUCAGCCUCUGGGAAACACCCCAUGGGGACCGGCAACGUACGGAACCAAAAUCUAAUGUAUUGUUACUACUCGCCAUUGUAAACUUAUCAAUAAUUAUAAAAAAGAUAUACUA